AUGGCUGUCUCUAUUGAGCCUCAAUAUGAUGCGGAUCAAAUCUCGCAGCUUGAUCCGAGGGAAGGCAAGCGGAAAUACAGCAUCUUGGUCAUCAACCCCAAUACUUCGACACAUAUGACUGAGGCCCUGAAGCCUAUAUUGACCAGCAUGAACUACCAGGAUGUUCACAUCGAGUACUUCACUGCCCCAGAUUCCACUGUCGAGGUCGAAGGAAUCGAGGUCCAGCCAAUCGCCAGCAUCAACGACGCUGAGCAGUCUUGCAAGUCGGCAUUGAACUGCUGGUCCGUCCGGGAUUUCAUUGGCAAUUAUGAUGCUUUUCUAGUAGCAUGCUACUCCGCACAUCCAUUAGUCGGCAAACUAAGGGAGGACAUCAAGGCUUUUGAAGAAGCAAACCAGGAAACAAGAAACAAAUAUGUUACCGGAAUUUUCGAAGCAUCCAUCACUGCUGCGCUGUCCUUGGUUAGUGGAUUCUCGCUGGAGCAGCCGAUAAACUCCGCAGAGAAGCUAUGCAAAUACCAAGAAAGGGGUAAUUUUGGCAUUGUGACUACAGGCGCUGCGUGGAAGGAAGAGCUCACCAACGGGGUUCAAGCAGCGCUGGGUUACGGGGACGAUGAUGGAGAAUCCUCGCAUUUUGCAGGAGUCGAGACUACCGGCCUGACCGCAGUUGAGCUGCACACCACUGAGCCAGAAGAAGUGCGACGAAGAAUCAUCGAAGCUACCCGUAUUUUGCUUCAAAACUCGAAGGUCCCUGUUAAGGUGGUCUGUCUAGGGUGUGCAGGUAUGGCAGGCAUGGAAGAAGCGGUUCGUGAGGGAUGUAUUCAGCAAUAUGGUGAAAGGGAAGGCCGCCGAGUCCGAAUUGUGGAUGGUGUUGUUGCAGGUGCUGGAAAUCUCAUCACAGCUUUGAAAGCAGGAUUUUAA